CCCACUCUCCAUGGCAGCCAAGGACGGUUCGAGCUUUCGUAUGUCUGCGCUACCAGCAAUUAUCAUAGCACAGUUGCUAGGGAUAGCAGCAAUAACCCUCACGCUUGUCUGGCUGCUACACUUAAGAGAGGGCGUCGCUCUGGACUCUGGAAACUCACAAAAGCUUUUCAAUGCGCAUCCUCUUCUAAUGCUACUUGGGCUUAUCUUAUGUGGGGGAGAAGCAAUAAUGGCUUACAAGACAGUUCCCGGGACCAGAAGGACCAAGAAAUUUGUUCACAUGUUAUUGCAUUUGCUGGCUCUUGCAUUUGGUGGUUUGGGGCUCUAUGCGAUUUUUAAGUUCCAAAGGGACUUGGACGACCCAGAUAUGCGUACCUUGCACUCUUGGCUUGGGAUGGGCACCAUCUGCCUCUAUGCUUUGCAGUGGGUAAUUGCGUUCUUUUCAUUUAUAUUCCCUGGGACAACAUAUAGUAUGAGGGCAAACAUGAAGCCAUGGCAUGCCUUCUUUGGUGCAGUAAUCUUCCUAAUGGCAAUCUGCAGUGCUGAGACAGGGUUGGUGCAGAAAUUCAUCUUCGUUGGUCGCGAAGGUCUCUUGAUCAACUUCAUUGGAAUCACCAUCCUCCUCUAUGGAAUUUUCACCAUCCUGAGCGUUAUUCUUCCACGGCCAUAUGAAAAUUAAUAUGUAACAAUGAAGGAGCCAGGCCAAGUGGCAC